AUGGUCGGCGGAGGCAGCAAGGCGUUCUUCACUACUUGCACAGAUGCACCUCACUGCAACACGGUGUUCUCAGCCUCUCCGUCGCCGGCGGCUCGCUCCUCGAGGACCUUGCCGCUCUUCUGGCUGCGGGUCGCCAUGGCACCGACGUUGCUCGUCGUCGCAAGUCGUGCCUGUCCAAGCUGCCACGCGCUGCUGCCGGCGCCCCACAAGCUGCAGGGCAGUCGUCGGGACUAG